AUGGCCCCUGUUAGAUACACUAAUCCUGGUACUACUUUCGAAAAAAAGAGAGGAGAGCUCUCAGAGGAUGGUAUUUUAACUGUUCCUAAAAACCAACAUGAGAAUUCUAAGUACCCGGAAUUUUUGCCUACCUGGGAUUUGAAUGAGUUCUACAAACCUUUGGAGUUCUUUGAACAUACUGAUCCAGGUUCGAGGGCAGACCCAAAACUUCAAAACUUAUUUCCCACGGACUCGAAACAUGAAUUAAAAAACGUAACCCCUAAAUUGGGAACUGAAAUUACUGGUAUCCAAUUAUCACAAUUAGACGAUCGUGGAAAGGAUGAAUUAGCUCUUCUUGUUGCUAAGAGGGGUCUUGUAAUCUUCAGGGAUCAAGAUUUUGGUGCUAAGGGCCCUCAAUUUGUCUCAGAUUACGGUAAGUAUUUUGGUCCAUUACACAUUCACCCUACUACUGGAUCUCCUAAAGGGCAUUCAGAAAUCCAUGUCGUUUAUAGGAGGAAUGAUUAUAAUGAAGCAUUGACAUUUGCCAAUAGAACUAACCUAGUUCAAUGGCACUCCGAUGUCAGUUAUGAAUUACAGCCACCUGGAACAACAUUUUUCUCUGUUAUUGAAGGCCCUGAAUCUGGUGGCGAUACUCUUUUUGCUGAUAAUGUUGAGGCCUAUAACAGAUUGUCACCUAGACUUAAAGAAUUAAUUGAAGGUUUACAUGUGUUACAUUCUUCGGAGGAACAAGCAAAAUUCUCCCGUAAGGAAGGUGGGGCAGAAAGACGUGAUCCUGUCAGAAACAUCCACCCUCUUGUUAGAGUGCACCCUGUCACAGGUGACAAGAUUCUCUAUGUCAAUCCCGGAUUUUCGAGGAAGAUCGUAGAAUUCAAACAAGAGGAAAGUGAUGCCUUAUUAAAUUUCCUAUACAACCACAUUGGCAAUUCUCACGACCUUCAGGCAAGAGUGAACUGGGAACCAAAUAGUGUAGUGGUUUGGGAUAAUAGAAGAGUUUCUCAUACAGCUAUUAUUGAUUGGGAUUCAGAUUCGAACCACACUAGACAUGCGUUCCGGAUUACACCACAAGCAGAAAGGCCUAUUGCAGAUGUAAAAGAAUUGAAUAAGCCGGAUGAAAAUAGACAUAUUCCUAAAGACUCUAUCUAG